AUGCUUGUCCACGACUCCCCUAUAGUGGAUUAUGCGGACCUUCCCACCAUCAACCUUUCCAAAGCGCAUAUACCCGAGUGUCGCGCAGAGCUCUACCCACAGCUUCGAGAUGCACUACGUACCCAUGGCUUUCUCUACGCCAUCAAUCAUGGUGAUACCCAAGCUCAGCGUGACAGGAUUUUCGACAUAGCUGGUGUGCCUUUUGAUGAAGCCUCUCCGGAAGAAAAGAAGAUAUACACCGCCAGUAUCGAGAGAGUCGGCUCUUAUUUAGCUAUUGCUCUCAUUCAGAAAGUCAACUCGGACAAUGAAAUUUUCGAUCAGAUCGAGAAUUAUGUAGUAAACCUCAAUGCCACAAGACGUCCCCAUCCCAUUGCCUUGCGCCCGUUUCUUCCAGAGCUCGAUGAUUUUGCUCGCCAUAAUCACUUCAACAUUAUUUAG